AUGGCGUUUGAAGGAAACCCUGAUAAUGAUGGUGGCCGCACCAACUUAUCAAAUCUUGCACCCGUGGCACCCGAACUAUCCGGCGAAGGUUUACCUUAUGCGCCAGAAAAUUUUCCGAAUCCCGGCGACAUUUGGCGGUGGAAGACCGGCAAGAGGAUUUCAUCUAACGGUAACUUUCGGGACCGGUAUCUGUAUCUUCCUCGGCGUCUUGCUGGCGGUGGAUUUAAAAGCAAGCUUGCGGUUGAACGCUACGUCAAAGAAUUCUUCCCUGACGCUAAUGUUGUUGAUUUCUUCGCUUCUUUCAGCUGGAGCAUUCCCUCUGGUCUUCCUGGCAAUACGAAUCCUGUUGCUGUAGCUGAUGGACUUCUUCAUCAGUUAGAAUUAAAAGAGCAGCCAGAAUCUGAUUCCGGCACUGGUGGAUGCAAAGCCGGGAAUAAGACCUGCAGCAGUUUGAUUUUGGACAAAGAAAAAGAAAAUUCAACAGUCGCACCGUGUGAUAUCUGCUGCGUUGAACCAAAAUUUUGCCGCGAUAAUAUUUGCGGCCAUGUUUGUCAUUUGGAAUGCGCUCUUCGAGUGUAUUCGGCUGGCACUGUUGGAGGAACAAUUGGAUUGGAUGUUGAGUAUUUUUGUUGGCGCUGUGAUGGGAGGACUGAACUGAUUUCUCAUGCAACUAAGCUUCUACAAACAUGUGAAGCUAUUGAUAAGGAUGAUGUUGAUAUCAAGGAAAAAAUUCUAAAGCUUGGCAUUUGUCUCUUGCGCGGUUCAGAGAAAAAUGCUGCAAAGGAGCUUAUGAGCCGUAUUACAUUGGCCAUAUCAAAGCUUAAACAUGAUGGAACUAAUACUGAAGAUAUCUUGAAUGGUGAUGACCAUCUUACAGCUAAUUCUUCAGGUUCUUCCGGUAACGGCAAUGCUGCGAUGGCUACAGACGACAAAGGUUCUUUAAAGCAUUUAGAUGUUCAAAAAGGGACAGAAUCUUUUCGUUAUCAAUCCGAGUUAUUAAAACUUGAUGCUGAGUUUGAUAAGGCUAUGUUGGAUCUUGAAAAAUCUCAAAAGUAUGAAUAUAAGCUGGCAGAGGAAGGCCUUCAUGCGCAUAAGGAAUAUUUAUUAAAUAUUUCUCAGCAGCUUGACAAUGAGAAGUCCGAGUUAGCAAUUGGAUCCAACACAUCUUGUUCAAGUGUCAUGCUUCAAACUGUCGAGAAAAGAAAUGAGCAGCUAAGGCAGGAACUGAAGAAAUUUGAAGAAAUGAAGAAGGUAGCUAAUGGUUUUGGAAGCACAUCCAAGGAAAUUUUAGAAAACCACUUUGGCUUAUAA